UUCUCCGCUCCCGCUCCCACAACAUCCACGACUCCCACCCAUGCCGCUUGCCUCACAGCAACUGCUGAGCCCCGACAUCCCUCUGACACCUGCUCGGACAAACCGGCGUGCACCUGGUCGGCCGUCCUCAGGCUCCGGCGCGAAGAGCACCUACACGGCCCCGCUCCCAGCCCCUCCGCUUAUCUCCUCGACCUGGCGUGCACCUAGCGGGCUGACUGUCGCCGCUCGCUGUCCUCCGGCUCCAGCGCAGAGAGCACCUCGACGCCUCCACUCCCGGCGCCUUCAAAACCGUGCUCAGCGCGCCACCGACUCGUCCUCCGCGUGAUGUGGUCUUGCACCGGCCCAUUCCUAAACGUCGCCCCUGCUCAGCGCCUCUCGUCCCCAGGCAGACCACGUGCUAGCCUCCGCUGCCAGGUCUUCGUGCCCCUCCCCUGUUAGCGAGAACUGGAGUACAGAUCAGCACGCCGAAGCACUGAAUUGUGUGGCAAUUCUUGGUUAUUUCAAUGGAAAAUAGGGGCUCUCCUACACCACUGGGUGACAAGACUAACACUACUAAUGGAGAAAGUGAUGCUGGACAGCGCAAGAGAGAAAGAGAAAAGGCUCGAUGGCAUGCAAUGUCUCAGGAGAAAAGGGAUGAAAAAAAUAAAAAACGUCGGGAAGCAUACAAAAGAAGAAAGGAGCAACACCUACAUGGUCAGACUGCAUCAAACAAGGAAAAUAUGGAUCCUAAUGAAACAGAUGAUUGGUUGUAUAGGAAUGAUUCCCUCCAUGCAAACAACAGUGAUGAUAUACUUAUGUCCAAAAGGUUAUCAGGUGAUGAUGCAAUUACCGCUCGCAACAUAGUUAAUCAAGAAAUGCAGUCACAAUGCACCCAUGUUUCAACAGUAGGCAUAACCGAUUACGAUGCUUCACAUAAGAGAGAGUUAACAAAUGAGCAAGUCAUGGCUGGUCGUGAAAGAUUCAGGACGACAUAUGCAGACAUGACUACAAGGUUUAGGAAUACAUAUGCAAACAAGACACCUGAGCAACGGGAACAAAGGCGCAAGCAACAGAGGCUUUACAAUAAAACUCCAUCUCGAAAAGAGGCAAUGAAAGUGACUACAAACCGCUCCAGGGAGGUGCAGAGACACACCUUAAACAAUGAGUCCAUUGCAAUGGAAAAUCCACUCUUUAAUCCGAAGAUGGUGUGGCCCGGUGCAAACUCAUCUAGGCCUCAUGGACCCAUAGUAAGCCCCAGCGAUUGGAUUAUCCCAGAAUCUACUGCAACACCUAUUUGCUUCCCACAACCUACUGAGGAGACAAAUGUUGUUGAUGAUGAUGAUGAUGGAUGCGGUGAUGUACUACUUGGUCAUAUGACACAUAGACAAAAUGUUACAUUUGGGCAAAGAAAUGCAUUAUUAGCCCAUCGUAACACUAUGUUUGAGCGUCGCAUCGGUCAAAACAUGGGAGUAGCUAACAAUGAUGAUGAAUGCAUGAAGAUAGACCAUGCGGAUGAAGAAACGCCCUUAACUCAGUCAACCGUGACCAACAACAAUGAUGAUGAGGGCGAUAUAUUUGAAGAGGAUGAGGAAGAGGAUGAGGGAUACUUGUUUGCUGGUCAAGAUGAAUCAGAUGAUGAUGUCUAAAGUGAUACUACUGAGGAAGACACAACUUCUAACCCUGAAGGACCUGACCCGUAUGAGAUGGUGUAUAGUAACAUGCCCCAAGAGACACAUAUGCUAAAACCUGUCCCAGAUUGCCACCAUUGCGGGGCGAAGAGGUUUCCAAAAGAACCUCCUGGGUUUUGUUGCCGCAACGGAAAGGUUGAGUUGAAUGCACCCGUCGUACCAAACCAGCUCAUGAGGCUUUGGACAAGCUCUGACACGGAUGCUAGGCACUUU